GAGAGCUCUGCCAGAGGCAAACACUCACAGCCAAUGGGGGCAGAGGCUGUCAGCUCUGCAUCUGCAUAUCAGCUGCUGGCUGGGGAUAAAAUGCACAUUCCCACCCCAACCUGCCUCUAAUCCCAGCUGCUGGACAGGCACAGAGCUCUCAUGGUGCUCUGGGUGGCUCUCCUCUGCACCUUGGUGUCAUCACUGCUCGGUGGGCUCUAUGUCCUGGGUGUGUUUCGGAGACAGAGACCCAGUGAGCCACCCCUGGACAAAGGUACCAUUCCCUGGCUGGGCUAUCUGCUGGAAUUCAGAAAGGACAGCUCAGAGUUUCUCAAAAGGAUGCAGAGCAAACACGGGGAUGUUUUCACAGUACUGAUCGGUGGCUAUUACUUCACCUUUGUGAUGGAUCCCUUCUGCUUUGGCACCAUCGUGAAGGAAUCGCGAUCUAAGCUGGACUUCAGGACUAGUGCAACUCAGCUGGUCGUGCAGGUUUUUGGCUACAAGCCCACCGAAGCCACUCAUAGCGUAGUUCAUGCAGCAAGCACAAAGCACCUGAUGGGAGAUGGCCUCACUGCCCUCACACAAGCCACCAUGGAGAGCUUUCGGAAGCUGCUGCUUUGCAGCCUGAGCUCAGGAGAGAAGAGAGUGUGGCAGGAGGAAAACCUCUUCCACUACUGCUACAACAUCAUCUUCAGAGCUGGGUACCUGGCUCUGUAUGGCAGCGAGCCACCCCGAGGGGCAGGAAACAAGGAGGAAGCUGAAGAGCAGGAUCGCCUCCACUCCAACCAGCUCUUCCAGGAGUUUCGGAAGUACGACCGCCUCUUCCCUCACCUGGCCUUUGCUCUGUUGCCUCCCAAGGACAAAAGAGAGGCUGAGCGGCUGAAGAGACACUUCUGGAAUGUGCUGUCCGCGAAGAAGGUCUGUCAGAAGGACAACAUCAGUGGCUGGAUAAGUGAUCAAGAGCAACUUCUGGCAGAAAACGGCGUCCCCGAGUACAUGCGGGAUCGUUUCAUGUUCAUGCUCCUCUGGGCAUCCCAAGGCAACACUGGCCCUUCUGCCUUCUGGCUCCUCUUGUACCUACUGAAGCAUCCAGAGGCUCUGAAGGCUGUGAGAGAUGAGGUGGAUAAAGUCUUGAGGGAGAGUGGGCAGGAAGUAAAGGCAGGGAGCCCCCCAGUUACUGUCACCAGGGACAUGCUGAACCAGACUCCUCUGCUGGACAGUGCUCUGGAGGAGACCCUGAGGCUGGUGGCAGCCCCAAUGCUGGUCAGAGCUGUCCUCGAGGACACCUCCCUGAGGACAAGCAGUGGGACAGAGUUCACCCUCCGCAGGGGGGACAGGGUGGCUCUGUUCCCACACAUCUCCGUGCAGAUGAACCCAGAAAUCCACCAGGAGCCUCACAAAUUUAAGUACGACCGUUUUGUAAACCCAGACGGCACCAGGAAAGAUUUCUACCGAAACGGGAAGAAGCUGAAAUUUGUCAGCAUGCCUUGGGGAGCAGGAGUUUCCACUUGUCCAGGGCGGUUUUUUGCUACUGCUGAAAUGAAAUUGUUUGUGUUCUUGAUGCUGAGUCACUUUGACCUGGAGCUGGUCAAUGAGGAGGAGGAGACCCCAGCCAUAGACAGCAGCCGCUGGGGAUUCGGGACGAUGCAGCCUGUCCGUGAUAUUCGGUUCAGAUACCGACCACGCUUUUAACCUGGGGAGUCCUGGUGGUGUUGUUUGUUCUGUGUCACCUAUGGGACAAAUUGUCUGAUCCUGUGGUUAUCAGAUCUGUGCAGUGCCACCACUGAUAUGAUCUUGUUUGCUUAAUGCUUAUUGUGGCUUUUGUUGUUACCUCCUGUUGGAAUCUGUGGUAUUGAUGAU